AAUCAAAUUAGAAUUCCAGAAGCGGAAGUUUCCAUAAAAGAAAAUAAAAAGGAAGAGAAAACCAAACCCUCUCAUCUUUCUGCCACCCUCACCUGCUCCGCCUCCUUAACACCGUCCAAUUCCUCCGUUUCAGUGGUCCAGUGCGUCGGCCGCCGUCGCCUCCGCCAGUCUGUGUGGAAGUGAAUCGAAGAAAAGUAAAGAAGAAGAAAAACUCCUGGUUCAGAUUUCGGUACUUUCGCGAUAAGAUAAGUGGAACAGAGUAAAACGGUACACCGCGCCGCACUUUAUCCGGCCACCUUCUUUUAUUUCUGAUCGCGCUAUGGCUCUUGUUUCAAACACUGGUUCGAUUCACCGGAUUGGUGCUGGAACUGUACGGUGCAGAGGAGGAAGUAUGGCUUUCAACUUGCCGACUCAUAUGGAGUCGUUGAAGAUGAAGGACAAUCCUAUUGGUUCGUCUUCUCUAUCGUGUAGCUCUGGUAAUAUUACGCAUGGUUUGCAUGUAGAUAGAGUGAGGAUGGCGUCGAAGCUCGGAGGCAGGAUGAUUGUUGCUGCGAGUCCUCCGACUGAGGACGCUACAGUGGCUACUGAACCGUUGACAAAAGAGGAUCUCGUGGCUUAUCUAGCUUCUGGAUGCAAGCCGAAGGAAAAAUGGAGAAUUGGUACAGAACAUGAGAAGUUUGGUUUUGAGGUUGGAACUUUACGUCCCAUGAAGUAUGACCAAAUAGCUGGGUUGCUUAAUGGGAUUGCCGAGAGGUUUGACUGGGAAAAAAUAAUGGAGGGUGACAACAUCAUAGGGCUCCAGCAGGGAAAGCAAAGUAUUUCACUGGAGCCUGGUGGUCAAUUUGAACUCAGUGGUGCCCCUCUUGAAACUUUGCAUCAAACCUGUGCUGAAGUUAAUUCACAUCUUUACCAGGUGAAAGCUGUUGCUGAGGAAAUGGGUAUUGGAUUUUUAGGAAUCGGAUUCCAGCCUAAAUGGAGACGGGAGGAUAUACCUAUAAUGCCCAAGGGACGAUACGAGAUAAUGAGGAAUUACAUGCCCAAAGUUGGUUCACUUGGACUGGAUAUGAUGUUUAGGACAUGCACUGUGCAGGUUAAUCUAGAUUUUGAUUCAGAAGCUGACAUGAUCAAAAAGUUUCGAGUGGGUCUUGCUUUACAACCUAUAGCAACUGCUCUCUUUGCCAAUUCACCAUUUACCGAAGGAAAGCCAAAUGGUUAUUUGAGCAUGAGAAGCCAGAUUUGGACCGACACUGAUAAUAACCGCUCUGGCAUGCUUCCAUUUGUUUUUGAUGACUCCUUUGGAUUUGAGAAGUAUGUUGAUUAUGCUCUUGAUGUUCCAAUGUAUUUCGUAUAUCGGAAUAAGAAGUAUAUUGACUGUUCUGGAAUGUCCUUCAGGGACUUUAUGGCAGGAAAGCUCGCUCCAGUUCUUGGACAGUUUCCUACCCUUACUGAUUGGGAAAAUCAUUUGACUACGAUAUUUCCAGAGGUCAGACUGAAGAGAUAUUUGGAGAUGAGAGGUAGUGAUGGAGGCCCUUGGAGGAGAUUAUGUGCUCUGCCAGCAUUUUGGGUUGGUUUAUUAUAUGACGAAGUUUCCCUGCAAAAUAUUUUAGACAUAACAGCUGAUUGGACAUCCGAAGAAAGACAGAUGUUGAGGAAUAAGGUUCCAAAAACCGGUCUCAAUACUCCAUUUCGUGAUGGGUUGGUGAAGCACAUUGCUCAAGAUAUUGUUAAGAUAGCAAAGGAUGGCUUAGAGAGAAGAGGCUUCAAGGAGUCUGGCUUCUUGAAUGAGGUGACUGAAGUAGCUAGAACAGGCGUGACACCAGCUGAAAAGCUGUUGGAAUUGUACAAUGGGAAAUGGGGACACAAUGUCGAUCCAGUUUUCGAGGAGCUUCUAUAUUGAGCUCUGCAUCUCUUCUACUGUAACCUUGCCAAUGGAACACUGGUAGGCUGUGCUGUUAUAAUGUGUUAAGUCUCCCCCCCUAGUUUUCUGCACAUCUCAGUUUUAACAAUUCUCGUUCCUCUUUGAAUAAUUGAAAUUGAUACAUGAACAAUAACUUUGGUGGUAUUUUCAUAUAGUUUGUUGUAAUUCUAUGUUGCUGCCCUUCCUUUGAUUGUGGUAAAUUGUAACCACACCAAAAAAAAGACUAGAGGAUGUUCAUUGUAGUGAAGAAUCAGAGCUCUUAUUGAGCCAUUUUUCUGUCAUGUCAUUGACAGUAAUCAAUAAACAUUCUGUCCA